UCUCUGCAUCGACUACACCCGCAAUGGAGAUUCCGAGACGAAUGACAAUCAUGUAAAUGGAUUUUAAUAUAAUUGUGACCGUAAUUUUUUUUCAAUUCCCGCUGAGAAUCCCAAAAGUGUAAGUCAGCAUUAAUAAUUGUAGAACGUACAAGCUCUUCUACAGUUCUACUGUUCGAUAAAUCGUUGCAUAUCCUCAUCGAACUGAGAAUUAUCAUCAACAUCAUCGUCUUGUCAGCUGAAUUUAGAUUUCAAUGCCAAUGGUGAAGGAGCCAGUAAGAGAGUCACCGGCGCAAGAGACGCAGCUUCCUUUCCCUUCAUUUCUGAUCACAUAUUUGUACGCAGGCCACUUCUUAGCCAGAUGGGGUGCCAGAAUGUGGGAAUUCUCUGUUGGUUUAUACAUGAUAAGUGUUUGGCCAGACUCUUUACUUCUUGCUGCAAUUUAUGGUGUUGUUGAAGCUGCCUCUACUGCUUUAUUUGGUCCUGUCAUCGGGCAAUUGGUGGAUAGGUUAGCAUAUGUGAAGGUUCUUCGUCUUUGGUUCGUGUCUCGGAAUCUUUCUUUUCUAAUUGCCGGAAUUUCAGUGAUUGCAUUACUAAUAUCUUCAACCUUGAGAUCGACAAAUUUUGGACUAUUCAUUGUACUUGUGAUAUUAACCAACAUCUCAGGAGCACUUGGAGUUCUUUCCACUCUUACCGGAACCAUCUUGGUUGAAAGAGAAUGGGUGGUGGUUAUAACAGAAGGCCAUCCUCCAGAAUUACUGACAAAGAUUAAUUCAGUUAUCAGACGAAUUGAUUUAACUUGCAAGCUACUAGCUCCAGUUCUUACUGGCUUCAUUAUCAGUUUUGUAUCACUUAAGGCCUCUGCCAUAACUUUAGCUUUAUGGAAUAUCAUAUUUGUGUGGGUGGAAUAUUGGCUUUUCAUGUCUGUACUUAAUGGGAUUCCAGCCUUAGGAGAGAGAAGCAAGACGAGGUUAUUGAGUCUCUCGCCUAUUGAUAUAGAGGAAAUUCCAUCUACCUUUGAGGAGGGGACAAGCUUACUUCCUCAUGAUGAAGGCAAUUCAGCUGAAAGUUGGAGAUACAAAAUCAUAGGCAGGGUUUCAAAGGUCCCUUUUGUUGGUGCAUGGAUUGUGUAUUUACGACAAGAUGUUGUGCUUCCAGGCGUUUCUCUGGCUUUAUUAUAUUUCACUGUCCUCAGCUUUGGAACAUUGAUGACAGCAGCGUUAGAGUGGGAUGGCAUACCUGCAUAUGCUAUUGGAAUAGCACGGGGUGUAAGUGCUACAAUUGGAAUAGCGGCCACAGUUGUUUACCCAAGGUUGCAUUCUCGUAUUUUAGCACUCCGAACUGGACUCUGGUCUAUCUGGUCUCAGUGGGCCUGCCUCCUGAUAUGUGUCGCUUCCGUAUGGAUUGAGAACAGCAUUCUAUCAGCAUAUGUGCUGAUGGCUGGAGUUGCAGCGUCUCGGCUUGGAUUAUGGAUCUUUGAUUUGUCCGUCAUGCAACAGAUGCAGGACCAAGUUUCGGAAUCUGAUCGUUGUGUAGUGGGAGGCGUUCAGAAUUCACUCCAGUCUUAUUUGGAUUUACUGGCUUAUGUGAUGGGGAUAAUUAUCUCAAAUCCGCAGGAUUUCUGGAAGUUGAUCUUGAUUUCCUUUAUGGCGGUAACGGUGGCCGCGUUGCUCUAUAGUGUGCAUCUGUAUCGUGUCCGUAAGCACCUGAUUCACUAUGAGAAGCUGCUGAUGUGGGUUAAAUGGUCUCUAAGAUCAUCUGAAAUUGCAACUGCAAAUUGAAAUUGUAAGGCAUCUCUCUUGUCAUAUGUAUAUAUACAUAAUGGGCCCAAGAGGCAAUUAUCAGUUAACAACAUAUUGAGCCCUGAUUCUCA